AUGCCAAAAAUAUUUUCGAACUUAGAUAAGAAGGGAAAUACACGAUUUACUGGAACUUUUGGUGAACAAUUCGAACAAUUCAUCAGAAGGCACAAUGCAACUUUUACUGUUACCAACCUCGAUGAAAAUGCGACAUUAGCCCUCGAACUAACAAGGAACAAUGAAAUCGACAUAAAUAUGUUAAUAGUUCAAAACAUGGAAAAUGUAUCGUUCAGUCCAUCUUUGAGUUUGCUGAAAUAUUCCAUUGUGAUGGUUCGAAAUGAUUUUGUUAAUCCAGCUGAAUAUUUUGUGAGACCCUUUUCUAGCGGCGUAUGGAUUUGUAUUAUAGGAACAAUAGCCUACAUAACCUUAGUCGAUAUAAUUUUGAAGGCUUUAACCAAUUCAAAAACAGAUGUUUGGACCAGUUUUAGUCAAGUAUUUCUCAUUUUACUAGACCAGGGUCCUGAACAACCAACUACUUACGCCUAUCGGCUGUAUGCUCAAGUCUCAGUGUUUGCUUUUAUUAUUAGCAACAUCUACGUAAUCUACUUGUCAUCGUUUUUAACAGUCUUCAUUCCGGUAAAACAGUAUGACACAAUCCAAGAAUUAGUGGACAACAAUAUUCCAGUUUUAAUUAUUGAUCAUCAAUUUGAAUCUUUAAAAGAGUUCAAUACUGUCUAUCCAAAAGUCUUGGAUAAAAUUAUUAAGCCAGUUAGCACUCCAGAAUAUGAUAGUUACGUAUAUCCCAGAGUCAAUCCCAAUUAUGCAUUAGCACUUUAUAAAGAUGGAAUAACUGUUCUUGAAAAAAUUCAAGCUCUUGGACAGAGACCAAUAUUUCAUGUUUGCAAAGAAGAUAUUGUAAAAUAUUAUGUUGGAUUUUUGAUGCCACAAUAUUCACCAUUUAAAGAGUAUUUGGAUCAAAUGAUUGUUGAAAUAGCUGAAACUGGUUUGCUAGAAAAAUGGGAAUCGGAUUUUCCUGCAUUUCUUAUCAAUAACGUAAUGAAAAGAUGGGAAAAAUUUGACUAUGACUAUGAUGGGGAUGUGCAUAAGCCAUUGCAAUUGCAGCAUUUGGUAUUUCCUGCUUGUUGUUUAGCUGUGGGAUUGGCGUUGUCAAUUGUAGUGUUUGUUGGUGAACAUUUGUGGUUUUAUUUUAAGAAUAGGGAAAUUAAAAAAAAUUAUUGA